AUGAGUGCAGUGUCAAUCGCCCCGAAAUUGAAGGUUCGGGGCUCGAGAAAGUUUAGGAAAAAAAAGCAGACCACUGAACGCCUGAGUAUGCUGAAGCAAGAAAUCAAGAUCACUGAGCAUACAAUUAAAGUAGACGAGCUCUGUAAACUGCUGAAUACCAACUGUUCUGAUGGCAUUUCGUCAGAGGAGGCCGAGAAGCGACUGCUCCAAUUUGGUCCAAACGCACUCAGCCCCCCUUCAGAAGAGCCGGCCUGGAUGAAGCUACUGAAAUGCAUGAUCGGCGGCUUCUCACUUCUACUUUGGACUGGCGCUGGUCUUUGCUUUGUUUCAUAUGCCAUCCAAUCGAGCACCACCAGCUCAAUGAGCCACGACAACCUCUACUUGGGCGUGGUGUUGACAAGUGUCGUCUUCAUUAGUGGCUGCUUCACGUACUAUCAGGAGGCCAAAUCUUCGCGAAUAAUGGACUCUUUCAAAAAGAUGGUGCCUGUCCUGGCAAAGGUGAUUCGAGAUGGACACAAGAAAAUUGUUCCGGCUGAGCAUCUCGUGGUUGGUGAUCUGGUGGAGGUAUCCGCCGGCGAUCACAUUCCAGCGGAUAUUCGGCUAGUCGAGGCCAGCUGUCUGAAGGUGGACAAUUCGUCGCUUACUGGCGAGUCAGAGCCUCAGGUUCGCAAUUCGGAAUGCUCCCACGAAGAUGCCCUAGAAGCCCGUAACCUCGUCUUCUAUUCAACCAACGCUGUAGAGGGGAGCGGUCGCGGUAUCGUGGUGUACACGGGCGAAGCAACAGUAAUCGGCCGGAUAGCCUGUCUGACUAGCAACUUGGAGGCAGAGGUCACCUCAUUAGGUCUUGAGUUGCAACAUUUCAUUCGCGUCAUUACGGCGGUAGCUUUUUCAGUCGGCAUAGCCUGCCUGAUUGCGGCCCUCUUCAUGGAGUACAGCACGAUUGAGGCUGUCCUCUUUUUGAUCGGCAUCAUCGUUGCCCAGGUUCCAGAAGGCCUCCUGCCGACAAUCACAGUAUCACUUGCUCUCACAGCGCGCAGGAUGGCCAGUAAGAACUGUUUGGUACGAAACCUCGAGGCUGUAGAGACCCUCGGGUCAACCAGUGUGAUCUGUUCUGACAAGACGGGCACCCUCACACAGAACCGGAUGAGCGUGGCACACAUUUGGCUCAACGGUACCUUGUACAGCGAGGACAACGAUAUAUUCUAUGAGCCGUACAACCCUGUGGCCAAUAACGGCUGGACUCUCUUGGGACGUGUGAUGAUGUUAUGCAAUCGGGCGGAGUUUGUGGUAGGUGAUCGUUGGGCUGAGUGUCAAGUCAUCGGGUUGCCUAGUGCAUGCAUGAUCUCGCUUGCAUAUAUGGAGCUCAUUAUCAUUAUGUGA